UGCAGCCAGCAGUAGCGGAGAAGGCUGGGUCGGCCCUGAGGGCCUUUCGAGAAGCCAUCAUGACCACCCUGCAAGCCACGAAGGAUCCCCUCCCCCGCGGUGUAUCUCCUACCCCUAGCAAGAUUCCGGUACGGUCUCAGAGACGAACGCCUUUACCCACUGUUACAUCGUGCGCCCUGGACCAGGAGAACCAAGAUCCAAGGAGAUGGAUACAGAAACCACCGCUCAAUAUUCAACACCCCCACGUUGAUUCAGCAGGCCCCAGGCCGAAAGCCAGGCACCAAGCAGAGACAUCACAAAGAUUGGUGGGGACCACUCAGCAUCGAAACCCCUUGGAGGAGCUCAGGCCUAGCCCUGGAGGUCAAAAUGUGGGGUCUGGGCCCCCUGCCCAGACAGAGGCUCCAGGGGCCAUAGAGUUUGUGGCUGAUCCUGCAGCCCUGGCCACCAUCCUGUCAGGUGAGGGUGUGAAGAGCUGUCACCUGGGGCGCCAGCCUAGUCUGGCUAAGAGAGUACUGAUUCGAGGAAAUCAGGGAGGCACCACCCAGAGGGGCCAGGGUGUUCGGGCCUCUGCAUAUUUGGCCCCCAGAACGCCCACCCACCGACUGGACCCUGCCAGGGCUUCCUGCUUCUCAAGGCUGGAGGGACCAGGACCUCGAGGCCAGACUUUGUGUCCCCAGAGGCUACAGGCUCUGAUUUCACCUUCAGGACCUUCCUUUCACGCUUCCACUCGCCCCAGUUUCCAGGAGCCAAGAAGGGAGACAGCUGGCAGCAGCCGGACUUCCGUGAGCCAGGCCUCAGGAUUGCUCCUGGAGACCCCGGUCUAUCCUGCUUUUUCUCUCCCUAAAGGAGAACAUGAGGUUGUCACUCGCUCAGAUGAAGGAAGUGUGUCCUCCCUUGGUCUGGCCCAGCGAGUACCAUUAAGAAAAAAACAAGAAAUGACACAUGGCAGGGACAGCCUUGACUACCACCUGAUGCCCUCCCCUGCCCCUGUGGCCCAGCCCUUGCCUGGCCAUACAGUGCCAUGUCCAUCACCCUUUGGACGAGCUCAGCGUGUACCUUCCCCAGGCCCUCCAUCUCUGAACUCAUAUUCAGUGUUGCGACGUCUCACCCUUCAACCUAAAACCCGGUUCACACCCGUGCCAUCAACCCCCAGAGUUCAGCAGGCCCAGUGGCUGAGUGGCGUCUCCCCUCAGUCCUGCUCUGAAGAUCCUGCCUUGCCUUGGGAGCAGGUUGCAGUCCAGUUAUUUGAACAGGAGAGCUCUAUAAGAUCACUGGAGGGGUCAGGGAAACCACCUGUGGCCACUCCUGGAUCCAACUCUAACAGAACCCCCAGCCUCCAGGAGGUGAAGAUGCAGCGCAUUGGGAUCCUGCAGCAGCUGUUGAGACAGGAGGUGGAGGGACUGGUAGGAGCCCAGCGUGUCCCCCUUAGUGGAGGCUCCUCUCUGGAUAUGGUUGAACUUCAGCCCCUGCUGACUGAGAUUUCCAGAACUCUGAACGCCACAGAGCAUAACUCUGGGACUUCCCACCUUCCUGGACUGUUACAACACUCAGGGCUGCUAAAGCCCUGCCUUCCAGAGGACUGCAUGGAACCACAGCCCUGCCCUCCCACAGAGCCUGGGCCCCCGGAGGCCACCUGUAGGAGUGAGCCUGAGACAUCAGAGCCCUCCUCCCAGGAACAGCUUGAAGUACCAGAGCCCUGCCCUCCAGCAGAGCCCGGGCCUCCAGAGUCCGGUAGGAGUGAGCCUGAGAUACCAGAGGCCUCCCCACAGGAACAGCUUGGGGUACCAGAGCCCUGCCCUCCAGCAGAGCCCGGGCCCCCAGGGUCCUGCUGUAGGAGUGAGCCUGAGAUAGCAGAGCCCUCCCCACAGGAACAGCUUGAGGUACCAGAGCCCUGCCCUCCAGCAGAGCCUGGGCCCCUUCAGCCCAGCACCCAGGGGCAGGCUGGACCCCCAGGGCCCUGCCCUAGGGUACAGCUGGGGGCAUCAGAGCCUUGCAGCCUGGAACAUAGCAGUCCAGAGUCCAGCCUACCACCCUGCUGCAGUCAGUGGGCUCCAGCAACCACCAGCCUGAUCUUCUCUUCCCAACACCCACUUUGUGCCAGCCCCGCUAUCUGCUCAGUCCAGUCUCUGAGGCCUCCAGCAGGCCAGGCAGGCCCCAACAGCUUGGCCCCUCGAACCCUAGCCCUGAGGCAGCGCCUCAAAGCGUGUUUAACCGCCAUCCACUGCUUCCACGAGGCUCGUCUGGACGAUGAGUGUGCCUUUUACACCAGCCGAGCCCCUCCCUCAGGCCCCACCCGGGUCUGCACCAACCCUGUGGCUACAUUACUCGACUGGCAGGAAGCCCUGUGUUUCGUUCCAGUUGGUUCUGCUGUCUCCCGAGGCUCUCCAUCAUGAGGCACCCACUCC